GGGCCGCAGCUCCGGCGCCCGUCCCGCCGCCGGCCCAGCAUCUGUUCGGCGACCCGGCUGAGACCGAGGCGCUGCGCGGGAACCUGCUCGCUUGGUACGACAGAUGCAAGAGGGACCUUCCCUGGAGGAGACUGGCAGCAGCUGAGCCAGAUGCCAACAGACGAGCGUAUGCAGUAUGGGUGUCUGAGGUCAUGCUCCAGCAGACACAGGUGGCUACAGUGAUCAACUACUACAACCGCUGGAUGCAGAAGUGGCCGACGCUGCAGGCUCUGGCACAAGCAUCCCUGGAAGAGGUGAAUGAGCUGUGGGCUGGACUUGGCUACUACUCGAGAGGAAAGCGUCUGCAAGAGGCAGCAAGGAAGGUGGUGUCCGAGCUGGCCGGCCAGAUGCCCAGGACAGCCGAGGACCUGCAGAAGCUGCUGCCAGGAGUGGGCCGAUACACGGCAGGAGCCAUCGCGUCCAUCUCGUAUGGGCAGGCUACCGGCGUCGUGGACGGGAACGUGAUCCGGGUCCUGUGCCGCCUGCGGUGCAUCGGCGCCGACUCCAGCAGCCCGGCUGUCCUUGAGCAGCUCUGGGACAUGGCCAAUGCCUUGGUAGACAGGAGUCGCCCAGGGGAUUUUAACCAAGCCCUGAUGGAACUGGGGGCAACUGUGUGCGUGCCCAAGGCUCCGCUGUGUGAGGAGUGCCCUGUGAAGCAGCACUGCCGAGCACGCCGCAGGGUGGAGAAGGAGCUGGCUUUUGCCUCUCGGAAGCUCCUUGGAAAAGCUACCCCAGUGCCUGAUGUAGAGGACUGCAGUGUCGUGGGCUGCCCCCUGUGCCCCCCAGCUGCAGAGCCGUGGGACAGCAGCCUGGGGGUGACCAACUUCCCCCGGCAAGCGAAAUUUUUUUUAACAGCCACGUGUGUGCUGGAACGGAGGGGCUGCCACGGGGCCCCGGAGUACCUCAUCGUGCAGAGACCCAGCUCAGGUCUCCUGGCUGGGCUCUGGGAGUUCCCAAGUCUCCCACUGGCUCAGGAUAUGCAGGAGGAGAAGCAGAGAGAGCUGCUGGCAGAUCGUCUUCAGGCCUGGACGGGGUGGCCUCUGCCCUUUUCACGUCUUUCCAUCUUCUCACAGGUCAUCCACAUCUUCUCUCACAUCCACCAGACGUAUGUGGUCUACUCCCUGCCCCUGAAUGGAGAUCCUCUGCAGGCUGCCCUGGCUCAGAACCUGGCUCAGCUCGGGGUCCUCCUGUGCUCCCCGCAGGUGCUGAAGGCACGCGAGGGGGAGAGCGGCGCUGGCACG